AUGGCGGAGGCGGCGCCGCCCAAGCUGCUCUACAUUGCCGUCGCCGACGGCGGCGGCCGGCGGACCUUCCGGUACACGCGCCCCGUCCUGCAGAGCACCCUCCAGCUCAUGGGCUGCAAGGCUCGCCACGCCUUCAAGAUUAGCAAGAGAGUGUUCAGUGUGAUGAGGAAUGAAUUCUUGGAUGUGUCGAGAUCGGAUAGGGCUAUUAAAGAUGAAAAUGCCCCUAGCCUAGGCAUUGGGGAAGAUGCUGAGAUGCUUAACACAGAAAUUCCAGACGCAAGUAGCAGCAGCUUGCCCUUCGAAUUGUACAAGACGCAGACAACGAUUCUUGUUUCAAGAGAGAGGUUUCUGAAUAUCGUGUGUGACGCACUCUCUUCUUACAAGUAUGUUGGACCAAACCAGAAGGCUGACUUUCUUCUUGCUUGCAGAAUUAAGGAGAAAAAGGAAUCGGUGACAGUACUCUUGUGUGGGACAAGCGGAUGCGGCAAGUCCACCCUAUCGUCUCUGUUGGGUAGUAGAUUGGGCAUGACGACAGUGGUUUCUACUGAUUCUAUACGCCAUAUGAUGAGAAGCUUUGCAGAUGAAAAGCAAAAUCCUCUUCUCUAUGCGUCAACCUACCAUGCAGGAGAAUACUUGGACCCUGUUGCAGUUGCUCAGUCAAAGGCUAAGCGCCAGGCAAAGAAGCUCGCAAUGGUUUCUAAUCCUAACACAAAUGAAGGCCAAGAUGACACUCCAGAUGUUAAAUCUCGUCACGGCUCCUCAGUAUUACCUCCUAGGACCGAGCUGAUUGGCAGCAAACAAAUGGCAAUAGAAGGGUUCAAGGCGCAAAGCGAGAUGGUCAUCGACAGCCUGGACAGAUUAAUUACAUCCUGGGAAGAGCAGAAGCAAUCUGUUAUUGUUGAAGGAGUUCAUUUGAGCCUCAAUUUUGUGAUGGGGCUAAUGAAGAAACAUCCUUCCAUAAUACCAUUUAUGGUAUACAUUGCAAAUGAGGAGAAGCACAUGGAACGGUUUGCUGUGCGCGCAAAGUACAUGACACUGGACCCAGCAAAGAACAGAUAUAUCAAGUACAUCCGGAACAUCAGGGCUAUUCAGGAAUACCUUUGCAACCGAGCAGACAAGCAUCUUGUGCCCAAAAUUAACAACACUAAUGUUGACCAGAGCGUGGCAGCGAUACACGCCACGGUUUUCAGCUGUCUUCGCCGGCGAGAAGUUGGGGAGCAGCUGUAUGACCUCAACACAAACACUGUUCCUGUAGUGGAUGAGGAAUACAGGAACCAGCGUGCAGCUAACUCCUUGGGUUCCAAGGGCAUGUUCCAGUUCAUUCAAAGGAAGGGGUCUUCGAGGAAUCUGAUGGCUCUCCUUAACCCUGAUGGUUCGGUGACUAAGGCUUGGCAUGUAGAUUCAGGUGAUGGCAAUGCUAAUGGCAGUACAGGCAGUGGUAGAUCAGUAGGGAAUCAUAUGGUUAACCCAUCACAAAUUGGGAAGGCAGAGUCAGUUAAUCUCCAGUUUGGUUCUUUUGGGAUUAGCGCGUGGCUGAGUGACACAGGCGGUGGCACCAGCCAUACUGGAAGUGUAGAUGACCUGAGGGCUGAUGGGAUCGAGACAAGCGGUAGAUACUUCUCCUCAUGCUGCAGCUCACCAAAAACGUCAGACUGCGCCUCCAAAGAGUCGAUUGCUGAUGCUAUACAUUCCGAUCUAACGACUGCUCUGGUGACCUUUCUCCAGCAUAUGGAGGAUUAUUCAGUCUAUGGUAGUGAAGAGGAUGCUGACGACCCACCUGAUGCUGAAACUGAUGAGGAUCUAACUGAUGAAGAAAGGGAUGCUCAUGAGAUUGAAGCGGGCUCCGUCGACGAGCACUCCACCAAGUCUGACGAGGAGUACGACGACCUAGCCAUGCAGGACGUGAUGGGGAACGGCAACUGCUCCGACGACGACGAGCAAGCUGCAGGGUACGGCACCAGGGGCUCACAGCCCAUGGAGGAGAGCAUCCUUGGAGCAGAUGGCGCCGUGGUGGAGGGCAGGUACCACCACAACCUGGACCUCUUCACGAUGUCCAAGGACGUCGCCGCCACAAAGAUGCCGUGCGCGUGA